GGACAUUGCCAACGGAAGAGUCAUAGGGCUGAGUGCGGAGACACGCCGUCCACCUCGACAGUCACUGUCCACAUUUCGUAGGAGCUGAACAAGCGACAAGUGCGACCUUCGGUAACCCUCACGAUAACCUAGCGUUUGACGAACUCUCGUUUGGGAGCGAUCAGAGCAUUGACUCAGGACGACCAACGAUAGAGAGGAGCUUCCCACGGCUUGAUAGGUUUCGGAAACGGCUUUCAUUUGCCUCCGGAACACGCUCGCGAGGGAUUCUCCUCCACGUGCGCUCGAUUUAUUCAUUAGGGGAGAAUCGAGAAUCCGCUCCGCCUAUAGAGGUCAGAUAACAGAUGGACCCGAAACGCCUUCCAUCUACGCCUGCCGGCUUCGUUCCACCGGAUGACCGCAUGUUCGGCUCGCUGCCUCCGCCUUACUCGGCGGCAGUGUCCCCAACUUACGCCCCGCCGGCGGGACCCGUUCAAUCAGUCCCGAUGCCCGGUCAGAUGCCAAUGCCGCAACCUGGUCCCGCUCCACCUCCAAUCGGGGUGAAUCCCGGAGAAGGGCCGCUUGGGUACCUCGCAGCCGUUGACCAACUUCUCAUCAAGCAAGAAAUCCAUCUCGUUGAAGUGGUUGCCAACGUACAAACGAAUGUGAAAUUCGAUAUCCUGAACAAUCAGGGACAGCUCGUAUAUCGAGCCGAAGAAAACUCAGAAUUCUGCCAGAGGAAUUGCGGGGGCCCAGCCCGUGGUUUCACAAUUUUCAUCAAGGAUCUCAUGGGGAGUGACGUGAUCGCUUUAAGGAGGGACUGUAGGUGUUGCGGCUGUUGCUUCCCCUGCUGUUGUCUACAAGAGAUGAUCGUCGAAGCGCCUCCUGGCUAUUGUGUGGGAAGAAUCAAGGAAGACUGGACGUUCUGUACUCCUUCGUUCACCAUUAGAGAUGAACGGGACGAAGCAGUCUACAAAGUAUCAUCGAGGUGUUGUCCAGGGGCGAAGGGGCUCCACAUCAACAGCGACGUACAUUUCAAGGUUGAGGACGUGACAUCGAGUCACGAGAUCGGACACAUCGUCAAAGAGUGGGGCGGCGUUAUUCAGGAGAUUUAUACGAGGGCGACCAAUUUCAACGUCUCAUUUCCCAUGCAUCUUUGUGUGCAACACAAAGCAAUUCUUCUGUCGGUCGCCUUCCUCUUGAACUUCAUGUACUUCCAACAAACGCCAGCACAGUUCCGAGGAGAUCAUCACCCGGGUCCAUCACCUUUCGUGGGAACCGUCGGCGGCCCGCAGCAUUGCAACCCCGUGACGACGACAACUUCAUUCGCUUGAAGAAAGGUUAUCCUGGAGCAGGUCGAGAUCGGACAGAAGACACCCGAUUCGAUGAGACUCAUCGGCUUGUUGAGACCGCGACCCGGACUCUCUUGACUCUCGAUAAAUAAACAGGCGAAGACUCUCGUACACGCAUAA